CGGCUAGUGAGUUGCGUAACAUAGCACAUUCGCCCUGAGCGGUCGUGCGGUGCGCUGUAAACUUUCGCUCCGUGUGCGUCGACGGAAUGGAACAGCGAAAAACGAAAUAAAGUUUCCCGCGACGCGCUAAAUUCAGCGCAAUACUGAAAUACUGAAUAGCUUUUGUUUUUUUUUUAUUUGCAUAAAUAGAACGUUGAAGUUUCGCCGGUUGGAGUUUGUUGGUAGAAGAACAUUGAACGAGUGUGAUAGUUUUGUUUUGUUUUAAUUUGCUAUAAACUAGCAGUGGUGGGAAUUGUGGUGAGCGCUGUGUCCGGUGGGACCGGAGCUCGUGGUACGAAGGAAUCGAUACUGCGGGUGGAGCUAAGAUCUUGACCGGACAUUAUGUUGUUAAAGAGAACGACCGUUGUGAUGUGGACGGGCUAGUAAGUGCUUAUGCUGACAGAAGUCUGCAGUCAGCAGAAAGAUGUCCUAAUAUGGGUUGGUCAUGCGUGGUGGCACGCGCCGUGGCCUUCUUCCUGAUGCUAUCAACAGCAGCGGCACUAACGUCCGAUAUAUUUGCAGCGGGGAAAUCGGACAAAGAGAUACUGGACAACCUGUUGAAAAUAUCCCGCUAUGACAAAAGACUGCUACCACCAGUAGAUGGUGUACUCACUGUGAACGUUAGCGUAUUACUCCUAAGUUUAGCAUCACCAGAUGAAUCCAGUCUCAAAUACGAAGUUGAAUUUCUUCUUCAGCAACAGUGGUUCGACCCUCGACUUCGUUAUUCAAACCAGUCUCAUUACGACUUCCUAAACGCUAUACAUCACCACGAGGACAUUUGGUUACCUGAUACAUACUUCAUAAUGCAUGGAGACUUCAAAGAUCCAAUUAUACCGAUGCAUUUCGCUCUGCGUAUUUACCGCAACGGUACCAUCAACUAUCUGAUGCGGCGGCAUCUCAUCCUUUCUUGUCAAGGACGGCUCAACAUUUUUCCUUUCGAUGAUCCAUUGUGUUCAUUUGCCUUAGAAAGUAUUUCGUACGAGCAGUCAGCAAUUAAUUAUGUUUGGAAAAAUGACGAGGAUACCCUUCGAAAGUCACCAUCGUUGACUACUCUGAACGCGUACCUCAUUCAAAACCAAACUAUCCCUUGUCCUAUAAAAGCGAGCUGGAGAGGUAAUUACAGCUGUCUCAGAGUGGAUCUCAUCUUCACGAGGGACAGAUCAUUUUACUUCACCACAGUUUUCAUUCCUGGCAUUAUUUUGGUGACCUCAUCAUUUAUUACUUUUUGGCUGGAAUGGAAUGCAGUGCCUGCUAGAGUAAUGAUAGGUGUAACAACAAUGUUGAAUUUCUUCACAACGUCGAAUGGUUUUCGCUCCACACUUCCGGUGGUCUCCAAUUUGACUGCCAUGAAUGUUUGGGACGGGGUAUGCAUGUGUUUUAUCUAUGCAUCGUUGCUGGAGUUUGUAUGUGUCAAUUAUGUGGGAAGGAAAAGACCACUGCAUAAUGUGGUCUAUAGACCGGGAGAAAAUCCCGUCACACAGCGACUGCCAGCAGUACUCAGCAGAAUUGGCAUAAUACUAGCCAGUCCUUUGGAGGCGAUGGCAUUUCUCCAAUGGGCCAAAUCUGACACCCCCCAACCGGGAUCAAGCGGUGCUGGUGAUAAGAAUCGUGAUUCGACGGGCGCAGCUGAUCUGGUGACGUGCACCACGUGUACUGGACCACCGGGUACUUGCACCCACACCACCAACAACGGAGGUGUCACGGAGCCAUGUUUCGUCCAGGUUCGCAAGAAGGAACCUCCUCAUCCAAUCCGCGUCGCCAAGACGAUUGACGUCAUCGCUCGCAUCACGUUCCCCACAGCAUACGCGGUGUUUCUAAUAUUCUUCUUUAUUCACUACAAAGCCUUCUCUUAAUGCUUUCUUAUCGCAUUCUGCAGUGACGCACACGGACAGUAUAAGCAUAUUGAUAAUUUUCUAUUUCUAAUCACCGCUAUUUGUAUAUCGAGUAAUACACAGUUUAAUUAAUCAUUAUUUAUAAGUGAAUAAUAUAAAUGCUGUUGAGUUCAAUAGCUGUUCGUUUUGAAAUAGGUUCAGUUAACUGUAAGAUCGGUGUAGAGUUUUGUGAAUAUUAAUGUUUAUGCAAUUAAAAGGGGAUCAAGUCAAAGCAAUGGGAAUGUAUGAAUUAUUGAUACGUCGCUCUUGUAUCGGAGGAAUCUAUUUCAAAACAGAAUUCAUUAGAGAAACUUUAAAUAUUUGUGACUUGUGAGAGAUUAGAUACUAUUAUUAUUACCAGACCACUGAAACCCGGUUUUAACUGGCUAAACCCCGUUUUAACUGGCUAAACCCGGUUUCGACUGGCUUAACCCGGUUUAUAAUAACAUAUUUGUGACUUGUGAUACAAUUCCUAGUUAUAGUUAUUGCUUUAAAUUUUUUACUUGUGUGUGUAAAUGCAACCGAUGCGUGCGGUUUUUAUUUAUCUUUAGAUGUAGACAUCCAAAGCUCAAAUUGUUGUAACGAAUAAAUUUUAUGGCUCCUAUGUUGUAAACGGUUUUUGAUCGCAAGUAGAGUUCAUCGAGUAGAGUUCAAAUAAUUGUGUAAGUAAAUUCAAAGCCAUGAACAUGCCUUCUAAUUAAAUUAGAAUUUGUUUGCCAUUUAUUGUGAUCGAUUGUAAAUAGUUAUGAGUGUUUAUAGAUUUAUGAUACAUAAAACGUUCCGUUGUUGUAUUGUUUGUUUACUUAUAAUUAUGUUAAACAAUUUAUAGAUAAAUUUAAACGACUGUCUUAGAUUAUUUAACCAAUCAGGGACGGCAAUAAUGGCGUAUUCUAUGGUAAUGUAUGAAGCCCGGCCUACAACCGGUAAUUAAAACUAGGUACAUAUUUAUACUAUUUUGAAAAAUAAUCGACGCGACAUUUUGUAAUUCACUUUUAUUUGGAGAAUGAUAAUUUUUGUAAAUAAAAAAAGUGUGUGUGUACUUAUGUAUACACGCAAGAAGUUAUAUUUCUUUGGCCUAACGAAGUAAAAAUCAUUAAAAUGAUUUAUUCCUCGUGCUAUUUUACGUUUUUAGAAAGAACUUUGUAAGAAUUUUGUAAAAAUCUUGCAAAGAUGGCUUUAACAAUUAAUUAUUAAAUAAUGAAUACGGCUGUAUGUGCUUGAACCCUUUGCCUGUCCUUAUAAUGGACGAAGAAACCAAAAGAAAAUAACGAAUAACGCAAACGUCAGAAAAUUUUAGGAACCAACUUCUACCUGUUUACUUUUGUGUUAGUGAUGCGCGCGCAUCUUAAAAUUUCGCUCUCCUCAUUUUUUCAUAACGCACCUAAAAGAAAUAUAACUUCAAAAAUGACAAGAUUUUCAUUAAUACUUCACAGUAACAACUAUUAUAAUAUAUUCUUUGACAGUACCACAGAUAAUACGACCGCUGCAGCUGUUCGCAUACUUUUGGAUGAAUAAUCUUAGACUAUGUCUAUAUAGAUCCUUUAUAUUAAAAUAAUUUAUAUUUCAUGUUAUUUGCUACAAGAUUAUUUAAAUGUAUACGUAAGCAUAUCUACGCUUACAUAGUCACUAAAUAUACUUAUUUAUAUGUUGUUCUUGUCAUUAAAUUGUUAUAAUAAAGAAAAACAUAAGUGCAUGAAGAUUUUUAUAGUGAUAGGGAAAUACUUUAGUAAAUAUGUUUUAGUUAAUAAAAAAUUUAAAUUGGGUAAGUUAAUAUUUAUGUUUCAUAUUAUACUUAAUACGUACACUGCAUUAUUUUACAAUUUAUCAAGGUAUUUUCAAUUUUUUUUAAUCAAUGGAUAGUACUAUCUCAGACAAAAGUAUCCAAAUGUAUGUUCAUAUUCAGCUUCAAAUUACCUUUACAAUAAAUAUUCAUGUACCUAAGUAGAUUUCUUUCUCAUUAAAAAAGCUGUUAUUUAUUUUUUAAGAAAUAUUUUAUGUUUAUUUAAUCAGAGUCCCUAUGGUAUUAAGCCAAACUGCUCCUCGAAUCCAAACAAAUAGAGAAAACAAAAAUUCUACUAAUAUGAAGCAGAUGGAGUUUCAAACAUUGCAUUUGACUCCAAAUCUACAUUAUUUAUUUCCACCACUGUUAUUCGAUUAGGUACUUUCACUAUUUCAAAGUUUCGCACCAAAAUGAUUACUUACGUAGAUAUUCCAACUACUUUAAAGUCUAAUGAUUUUUAAAUAUGUAUACAAAAACUACAAAACUUAUCAUUUAUCUGAGGUGUGACACGAAAUUGCAUUUUUGUUUUCCAUAAGAAUCCUGUUACCGCUUUAUAAAUCGUCCCAAUCUCAACUGUUAAUAUUAUCCGUCCAGAUUAUUGUCGUCAUCUUGAUUCUUGGUGCCUCAUUUCUUUUGUCUAGCUCUAUAGACAACUGUUUUGGUUGCAGUAUUGUACUAUAUGUACAGAUAUAUAUUCGAAAUUAUAUUCAAUUACGAUUGUUUAUAUAUAUUGUACCUAUCUAGUUAGCUAAAUCAUAGUAGGUCUCAGCGUUUUCGGUUUGUAAAUAUUCACCUUUCUACCAAAAUUGCUGUUCAUAUAAGUACCUUGUUAAAAGUAUCAAAUGAAUUAUUUAUGUAAACAAUAAAUUUCUAUUCCUUUAACAUUAGUGGUAAAAAUAUUCAUGAUUUAAAGUGUAAAACUUGGAACGAGUACCUAUACAAAUGUGGCUUCAAAAUAUACUUUAUUUAUCAUUGCAAUUUACAACGUUGGCUGUCGAAAAACGAAACUGUCGAAAACGGUGAAAGAGCGCCAUCUAGUGAAAGUAGGGGAAUAUCUAUAUCGUAGACGCCAUACAAAUAGUUAACAUUUACGCGAUCGAAUAGGUAAAAAAAUCUCACAAUGUCUCUCUGAAACUUUUGCGUUACUUCUUAGUGUUUUUAAAUGUUUAGUGUUUACUCAAAGAAACAAAGUGUAACAGUAUUUUUCAAUAUAGGUCGAAUAAAAAUGAUUUUAUUCAUAUACAUAUAGGUAAUAAUUUAAAAAUUGUUGCAUGGCACCUAUACCUAUCAUUAUAAUAGGUAGGUAUGUAUAUAAUUUUACGCCUUUUGCUUAUAAAUUUCGCGGACCAGUUUUUAUCCUUUUAAAUAUAAAAGUAGGUAACAUAGAUUUUUAUAUUGCGUAAAAUUUAAAACUAAACGACAUAUUAUAUAUAGUUUUGUCCAAUGGUACCUACAUAAUUUGGCUGUGCUUUUAUUAAAUUCUUCUAGUAGGUAAACUAUGAGCAUAAUAUAUUAACAUAUCUAUAUGUUUCUAUAAAAACCCUAAAUGGAAGCUUAUAAUUAAUAGUAAAUUAUUUCCCCAAAAUACCCAAGAAAUAUUAUACGUUAAUAACUGAAGCUAUCACUUCGCAAUAAUAAUUAACGUGGCACUAAAAUGCUGCAUGCAUGACAGUACAUUACAUAAAUAACUUUUCUCAGCCCACAACCAAAUCAAAAUUAGUGACAAGUCGGAACGCUGAACAUAAUACAAAACACGCGUGCGGUCGCACGACGCGCGCCGCUAGACGCCAUUUUGUGCAACACAAUAUGUUGGCAACGUAACAUGUUGCGCGUGAAAUGUGAAUCUUGCAUGUAUUUAUCAAACACUCAUUGCCCGCGCAAUAUAAUGGAGAGUGUAUGCUCUGCCUAAUUUUGUAGCGACCCGUCUCGAUGUUAAAGUGGGGUGGCUUUGUCAGUAAAUGUUUCACAAUAUAAUGACUACAUGACUGUCGUUUCGAAUUCGAUGUUAUUACAUAUAACAUUAUACGUAGGUAUAAUAUGCAGCAAAAUUCUGCUGUAUACUCUGUUAAGUUUGACUUUAAUGAUUAAUGUGAAAAAUUUAUGAGAAAAUUAUUUUUAUCUAGAGUAAAUAUUUUAUGUCAACAAAAACAAGCUACAUAAAAGAUUAUCGUUUAGCACUGUAUAAUACCCAUUUAAAUACCUAUAAAAUGAUGAAGACUUUCAAAUAAAUGUACAUACCUACAGGAGAUUCUGGAUAUUAGGUUGAAACUUUGUGAACAAUAUUAUUGUUAACUCGGUUUUAUGUAGUGCAAGAGAAUAACUGUUGGUAACAUUGAAGUUGCUUGUAGGUAAUUAUUGGAUUUGUGAAGCCUUAUUACCUAUAAAUGCUGGCUGGUGGCAAAUUUCGAACCUCGCCCACUAUUUCGUGCGAGCGUUAGAUACUGUUAUAAGCUUUUAAAAGACAGGUUACAUACAUAUCAUUGGCUUUAUAAGCUUACCUAUAGGUACAUAUUAUAUGAUAUAAUGUUAUUCUUAUUAAUCUGUAGAUACCUACUUAUAUAUUAUAUAGCACUGAGUAUGUAUUUUUUUUGUAGCUUAUUUAUAAUUUCUGUAUAUACAAAUUCGACAGUUUUGUGAAUGAUACAUCAAUUAUAAUGAACUCUGUUUUGUACAAUAUAGAUUGAUGCAAAUUAUAAAAUGCAGGCACCAAUUUGUUUUUGAUAAACUACGAUAUAAACCUUAAAUAUUGUUUAUUCUUCAACCUCACGACGCCAUUAAUCAGAAUGCACGCAAUCAAAAACUUUAUCAACUUUAUUAAGUACCUAUUUCAUAUUUUUUUGACGCUGAAAGUUUUGCAUUAAUAAUUAUCAGUACAUAUCUAGACAUCAUUACUCAUCUAUGUGCAGUUAUAAAUUGAAAAUUCAUUUUUUUUUAUAUGGAACCAAUUGAGCGGGUUUUCACUGUCCGGGUAGGUACUCUCAAACUACUCUGACGCUACUGGUAAUCACGUGAUCCAGGUAAAAGUGUUCUAUGCACUAGAACGACGACGUUUCAUCCAAGUGGACCAGGAUUUGGUUGUAUUCUAUAAAAUUAAUAUAUUCUAUGUGCAAAAACAAAAUGGCAUCAUCGCCAUGCACUCAAUUAGAAGUUUGACUCUGGCAGGAGUGGCAGGUCCUAUUGCCUUCUUCAAAUGAUAAUUUGAUUUUUAAUGGAACUUUUUCGCUCCAAUUCUAAUUACUAUCUCAUCCAACGAUGUUCUUUCAUGUUGUGAAAAUCAUAAAAACCAUGAAAUCAGAAUAAAUACAAAUAAUAAAUGCAAUCAAGAUUUUUUUAUUUAAUCAUGAGAUCCAAGAAAAUACCAACACAGAAAGCAGACACAUAUUACAGACCAAACUCCUGAUAAUUGUUCUUUCCGACGACGAGGUAGGUACUCGGAGUACACAGUCGGACAGUAAAACUCCGCUUAACCAUGCAAGAGUCUAAAAAUUGCUACUAUAUAUCUAGUUAUGGCAUUUUAAUUCUGAGGGGUCAUAAACAUUGGGAAUGGUAAAAACAGCAAUUCUUAAAAUAUAAGUUCGGCUUGAGCAUAGUGAUUGGUGCAAUGUAGUGACUAGUGGUUUGAAUUGUAAUCAAAUAACGGUUGCAAUCGUUGUGUGGCCGCACUUAUUUUCACCAUUUUUUUCACAAUGUAGUUAGGCAACUUUCACAAUAUAAAAGGCAUUAGAACUUAGCUUAAGUACCUAAAUUAUUGUUGUAUACAAGUGUGAUUGUAAGAAUACACUGUGUAAAUACUAAAUAAGAUUUAAAAUAAUGUAUUAAAAUUCCUUUUUGUAGGUUUUAAGUAUAUAACGCUGAUUAAUCAUGUUCACAAAAAGACAUUAGUGAGAUAAUUAUGCUUUCUGUAGUAGAAUUAAUAAGGUUUAGAACAGAAGCUUCGUCCUGUUCUGCGUGUACAAUAUGAAUUAUGAAUAUUGUAUGUAAUUUAUAAUAAAUUGUGAUAUGCGCUAUAGUAGUAGGUACAUAAAUAUCAACCAAUUGUAAUUAAUCUUAUGUACCAAUAUGAUUUUUAUUAAUAAAUCAAAAUGUUCACUUGUCUGCGCGAUGAUAACACGUUGAAAUAAAUUAUUUUGAAGGAUCAAA